GGCUGCUGGGCAUCAUCAGGCUACACAACAGCAGGAUGCGCGGCGCUAGAACAACAAUUACGAGUAUGCAUGGAUGCGAGAAAACCUGGACAGCAGGCUAAGAGUCCGAUAAACCAUCAUUUGUCGAGGUUUUAUCCGAAGAUUAUUGGACCGCAUAAGAGGAAGUGA